AUGAAGUUCACUGGAAUCAUUGCCUCUCUCGCCGUCGCCAGCACCGCCACUGCUGCUGCGCUUCCCGGCCUCAACACCGUCAAGAUUGACUCUACCGUCCAACACCUUGACGAAGUCCUCACCCACAUUGAUGGUGCCGUUGUCGGUUCCUCCACCCAGGAGGUUCUCGUCGACACCAAGAACGAACUUGUCGGCAUCCGCGGUCUCCUGACUGGCGUCGUUGGCGGUGUUGUCGGCGUUGUCGGUAACACCGGCAUUGUGCAGGGUGUCGUCCACCUUGCUGGCAAUGUCGUCUCCAGCGUCACUGAUGUCGUUCAGCCCGUUGUCAACGUCGAUGGCGUUGUCUCCAACGUUGGCGACCUCUCUAGCAGCCUUGUCAGCCGUAUCCAGAACGGUCAGGUCGACGCUGCUGGCCUUGAGAACGUCCUGACUGCUAUCGGUGGAACCGCUGGCCUUGCCAACCUCAACGGCGUCCUCGCUCAGGCUGCGUAA